AGCCAGCUUGGCUCUCGGCGUUUAUUGCCGCCAAUCACUUCGUUCUCAAAAACCGAAGGGGGUGUGGCCAGCCGUCCCAGCCAAUCAGCUUCGAGUUCAUUUGCAUAGGCUCGGAAUCAAAUGUUCACAAACUCUAGAAAUGGAUGCUAUAAAUAAGUUUCUUUUCCCCCUGUUUUUCCUUCUGAAAGUUAUAAUGCCCCCCGUUGGUUAUACCUCAGUAAGAAUUAGAAAACGCCAGUCUGAGCUCACCCUCACCAAUAGUGGCGUUCAUGGAUACCCCACGUUCUCUCUAGGCCACUUCCUGUAGUGUUACAGCUCUUUUAGAAUUUGUCUAGUAGGUUUUCCGGUUCUCACCGGAAAACCCCCCCAUAAUUCGUUUUUAACAAUAGAGGUGUGUUAGCCGUCGUGGUGGUCUUUUUUUUGUUUUUCUGUAUGAGUUUCUCGAAUGUUGGGCGAUCCGUUUGAGUAACUUUUUCUCUCCUGAGUGGUCCUGGCCGAGGUAAUCCAGGCGUUCUCGGCCCCGGAGAAUGCCGUGCGCAUGGACGAGGCUCGGGACAACGCGUGCAACGACAUGGGCAAAAUGCUGCAGUUCGUGCUGCCUGUGGCCACGCAGAUUCAGCAGGAGGUUAUCAAGGCCUAUGGCUUCAGCUGCGACGGGGAAGGUGUCCUGAAGUUUGCCCGCUUGGUCAAGUCUUAUGAAGCCCAGGAUCCCGAGAUUGCCAGCUUGUCGGGGAAGCUGAAGGCGCUGUUCCUGCCGCCCAUGACAUUGCCUCCCCACGGGCCUGCUUCUGGCGGCAGUGUGGCUGCCUCCUGAGGUUCGGCCCUCCCGGGCGACACUGCCCAGGAAGGGAAGACCUUAAUGUUCCGGAGGAUAAUAAAUGUGCCUGUGACUUAG